GACGCAGAUAUCAAUAGAGUCCAACGCAUCGAGAAUAAUUUCAUAAUUUUUUAAAGCAGUGAAAAAUGCGAAGUCGCACUGAGCUGGUGACCACGACAUUUGAUUUGGAUAGCGACGAGGAGGACUACAGCGAUGAUGACUCCGAGGAGGAUUGGAGACCCAGCACCAAGCGAACCUUAAAGCCACAAGCCUCACGUGCCAAUGCACAUGCUGCUGACGUCGGCGGGGGCGGACGCAAGCGCAAAGCAUCAACGACAUCAGGCAAGACCAAAGCAAGACGUGUUGCCCCCAGCAAGACAGACGCAGGCGAUUUCGAGUCGGACGAUGAUUUUAUAUUAGUAGACGACGACUCUGAAUCCGAGGAAAGCGACGAUGAGUUUGAUGCUGAACCUGUGGCUAGCACCAGCUCCAAACGCGGCACACAAUCUCUGCCGCCCAAGAAGCAAUUUGCUAAGCUUACGCAACUAGACUUGUUGCUUAAGAAGCAAGAGCUCUUGAGUAAGGAUUGGCUGCAGAACAGUCGCCUCUGUUUGUGGCGCAGGGAUGAAGAGACGAAUCUAUUACAAAAGUAUUUGCGCGUCAAAACGCUGCAAAACGCAGAUAGACCCCACGAACAUCAUUUACUAUUCACUUCCAGUUCAGUGUACUCCAGUUGGGAUGAGCAGGACUUGUCCGCCUUUAUUGAGGUCAAGGUCAACUGCUUGGAUUCAAAUAACAGACGCAUUGAACUUGUUGACCUAGAGGCUUUAAAUAAACUAUCACUGGAGCUGCAACAGGCUGACGAAUCACAUCAAAACACGGAGCAAACCGACGAGAAUGAUAAUAAUGAGGACACUACAGACCAAGAGCCAGGCCAGGAGCAAGCUCAAGUGCUAGCUCAGGAGUCAGCUCAAGAGCCAGGUCAGGAGCAAGCUCAAGAGCCAGGUCAGGAGCAAGCUCAAGAGCCACCUCAGGAGGUAGCUCUAGAGCCAGCACGGGAGGCUGCUCCAGAUUCAGUUCAGAAGCAAGCUCAAGAGCCAGGUCAGGAGCAAGCUCAAAAGCCAGCUCAAGAGCCAGGUCAGGAGCAAGCUCAAGAGACACCUCAAGAUUCAGCUGUAAAGUCAGCUCAGGAGUCAACACAAGAGAUAGUCCAAGCACCAGCUCAAGAAAAUUCCUAAUUUAAAGCUUAUCCUAAUCAAAUAGUCUAGUAUGUAAUUGCGGCAAGCCAAAUUUUAGAUUUAGAAAUCCUAUAAAAAGAAUA